UGACCCGCGGAACGCGGGUUCUGUGAACAGACGUGGGGAAGACUCGCUUCCGAGAAGAGGAAGGGCCCAAUUGAGAAGGGAGCCAGGCCGCUGAAGGGGAGGGGGCUGCCAAGAUGGCGUCGGCCUCCUCUGGGCCGUCGGCGGUUGGGUUUUCAUCCUCUGAUUCCGGGGUCCCUUCCGGUACCUCGUCCUCAGCAUCUGGAAUCAAGAGACCCGUGGCCGCUGAGGUGCCAUAUACCUCUGGCAUGGCCAUCAAGAAAAUAGGCCACCGAAGUGUCGAUUCCUCAGGAGAGACAACGUAUAAAAAGACAACCUCAUCGGCCUUGAAAGGUGCCAUUCAGUUAGGCAUUACUCACACUGUGGGGAGCCUGAGUACCAAACCAGAGCGAGAUGUCCUCAUGCAAGACUUCUAUGUAGUAGAGAGUAUCUUCUUCCCCAGUGAAGGGAGCAACUUGACACCUGCUCAUCACUACAAUGACUUCCGUUUCAAGACCUAUGCACCUGUUGCCUUCCGCUACUUUCGGGAGCUGUUUGGCAUCCGCCCUGAUGAUUACUUAUAUUCACUCUGCAAUGAGCCCCUGAUUGAACUCUGCAGCUCUGGGGCUAGUGGUUCCCUCUUCUAUGUGUCCAGUGACGACGAGUUCAUCAUUAAGACAGUCCAACAUAAAGAGGCAGAGUUUCUGCAGAAGCUGCUUCCAGGAUACUACAUGAACCUCAACCAGAACCCUCGGACUUUGCUGCCUAAAUUCUAUGGACUGUACUGUGUGCAGGCAGGUGGCAAGAAUAUUCGAAUUGUGGUGAUGAACAAUCUCUUACCACGAUCGGUCAAAAUGCAUAUCAAAUAUGACCUCAAGGGCUCAACCUACAAACGACGGGCUUCCCAGAAAGAGCGGGAGAAGCCUCUUCCUACCUUUAAAGACCUGGACUUUUUACAAGACAUGCCUGAUGGUCUUUUCUUGGAUGCUGACAUGUACAAUGCUCUCUGUAAGACCCUGCAGCGUGACUGUUUGGUGCUGCAGAGUUUCAAGAUAAUGGACUAUAGCCUUUUGAUGUCAAUCCAUAACAUAGAUCACGCACAACGAGAGCCCUUAAACGCUGAAGCACAGUAUUCAGUUGACUCUCGAAGACCAGCCCCCCAAAAGGCUCUCUAUUCCACAGCCAUGGAAUCCAUCCAGGGCGAGGCUCGGCGGGGUGGCACCAUGGAGACCGAUGACCACAUGGGUGGAAUCCCUGCCCGGAAUAGCAAAGGGGAAAGGCUCCUGCUUUACAUUGGCAUCAUUGACAUUCUGCAGUCUUACAGGUUUGUUAAGAAGUUGGAGCAUUCUUGGAAAGCCCUGGUACAUGAUGGGGACACUGUAUCGGUGCAUCGCCCAGGCUUCUAUGCUGAACGGUUCCAGCGCUUCAUGUGCAACACAGUGUUCAAGAAGAUCCCCUUGAAGCCCUCUCCUUCCAAAAAGUUUCGGUCUGGGUCGUCUUUCUCUCGGCGAACAGGCGCCAGCAGCAACUCCUGCGUUACUUACCAGCCGUCGGUCUCUGGGGAGCUCAAGGCACAAGUGACAACAAAGGCAGAAGUGGAGCCAGGCGUUCACCUUGGUCGUCCUGAUGUUUUACCUCAGACUCCACCUUUGGAGGAAAUCAGUGAGGGCUCACCUAUUCCUGACCCCAGUUUCUCACCUGUAGUUGGAGAGAAUUUGCAAAUGCUAACUACAAGUACAACCUUGGAAAAACUUGAAAUUGCAGAGUCAGAGUUCACCCAUUGAGCACAAAGCCUCAGAAGACCUGGAACAAGAUUCUACCAUCUCUGCAAUCCCAAAGGGUCAGGCCUUGCCCCAGCAAUGCUGAGUUAUCUUCUUGUUCUUCAAAAAAAGGAGGGUAGUGGAGGUGAGGGGAGCUCUCCAUCUCCUUCCUGAAGAAGAAUCUCUUCUCCUUCCCCUUCCUUAUGAGUAGGCAUUAGUGCCUUGGACAUAUGAGGACAGCGGCAUUUCCUCUGCUCCAGAGUUGGGCGGCACAGAAUUUCAACUGGCCCACCUUGGCUUCCACAAUUGAAUUUUUUUUCGAGUCUCCAUUCUUCAUGCUGAAAGGGGAGUUGCUGAACUUGGCAGUUUUCUCUCCCCUUAUCUACCUUUCACCAGGAGCUGGACUCUUAGUUUCCUCAGGACAGACUGACUGACUGGCACAUCAUCCCCACCUUAGUUCUUUAUCUCUGGUCGCUGAAAGAAGACUCCUGUAGUCUUUGUAAAGGUUCCUGGGAGGGGGGUAAGGGUGUUUAGCCACCUCCCAGCCCCCCUUUUCCCCUUUUUUUCCCUUAAAAAUGGAAAAGAAAACAGCGCAAAGCAGUUUCACACCAGUUUUCAGGUCAGAACUGCAGAAAGGUCGGAGGGCCACCUAUUCACAGGGUACCAUCAAAGAUCCCUGGUAUUUGUGAAGCGGAAGUGUGGUGCUCUGCCAGGAGCAUCUUCUCUUUAACUCCUCCUCUCUUGAUGAAUUUCCUAAAGCUGAAGGAAUGAAGAGAGUGGGGCAUAGGUAGUCUUUACCCCUUUAGUUAAGACAUGGGGCAGCCACAGGCGAUGGGGAGAUCAGAGCCCUCCCCUCUAGGCAGGACCCUACUCACUGCCAGGCUGUUAUGAUUAUUAUUUUGCAAUUUGGAAUGUGUUUUUCUAAAUAUAAAGACUUACCAAAUGAAUUUUAGGUCAUUCUCCAGAGGAGAUUGUUUUGCUCUUCCCAUCUUUUCCAGCAGUGCUCUCCUGUUCUUGGAGCAAAGGUAGAGAGGGAACACCUGUGUCUGUUUAACAGGUAGUCCAUAUCUAUGAGAUUGGAGAAUAUUCUCUUAAACCAAUGGGGAACCAGCAGACUCUUGCCUUGAUGAGGGUAUUGCUGUGCCACGUGUCCUAUCACGUAGAGAAGUUGGAAAUGUCCUAUCACGUAGAGAAGUUGGAACAUAAGCCCUCUCCUCCCUAUCGUGAAGAGUUACUGUUAUCCACUUGAUCCUUCCACUCUUGUCAGGGGUCGAAGGGGCCUGGUGUCUCAGGCAGAUUGUAGAAUUCCCGUACUGUCCCUUCUCCAUCCCACCCUACUUUGAUAGCAGGUUAUCCCAUACCCCAAAUAACUGUCUAUAUUAGACACCCUCAGCCAGUUUCUGGCUGCCUGUCUUUGCUGCCAUGUUCUUUUUUACAAGAAGGAAAGAAACAACUCUUGCUAUUUUUUUCAUAAUUUACUAUUUAUGAUGUAUUUAAGUGUUUUAUUAAGGACAGAAUUCUGUAAGGGGUGGGAGGGAAUAUUUGAGGGAGGGCUGGGUCUGGGAAAGGAAUGGGGAAUCAACAUUUUUAUGAAGUGUCGCUAUUUGCCUCUACUUUGUAUUGCUCAGAAAUGGCAAAUGCAAUAUAAAAGUGAUAAAUAUCUGGUUUUAAUGUAUUAAACUUUAAUCAGUUAUUUA